ACCUCAUUGUCUGUCACCAGUGGAGGAGGACACACUUUUUAAUGACUGUGAAUCAUUUUAACCAGAAACACCUGCAUUGAACAGGAUUUUUCAUUUUUCUCCCGUGUGUGUGUGUGGGGGUUCUUUUUUUAAACGCCCAAACAAGCUCAACUUGAUCCGGACUGAGAACCUCCAAAGCGCACAUCACAAGUAGUCGUCAUGUCUGAAGAGGCUCCAACUCAGCAGCAGCAACCACCUGAGCAGGAGAAGAAGGCUGAUGAACCCCCGCCAGCUGCUCCAGAUGCGCCGCAGGAGUCAUGCAGCAGCCCCGCAGCCGAGGAGAAGACCUUCCCCUGCCGUGCUCUGGUCCUGACGGGUUACGGAGGCUACGACAAAGUGAAGCUGCAGGUGAAAGCACUGAGCCAACCUCAGCUGCAGGCAGGAGAGGUGCUGGUACGCGUCAAGGCGUGCGGGCUCAACUUCGCCGAGCUGCUGUGCAGACAGGGGCUGUACGAGCUGCUGCCUGCCCCGCCUGUCACGAUGGGGAUGGAGUGCUCCGGGAUCAUUGAAGCAGUCGGGGAGGAGGUGACGGACAGAAAAGUGGAGGAUCGUGUCAUCACUUUGGGCAAGAGCGGCAUGUGGCAGGAAUUGGUUGUCGUGUCCGCUGACCGCACCUUCCCGAUGCCUGAGCAGAUGAGCUUUGAGGAGGGUGCUGCUCUUCCUGUUAACUACUUGACUGCCUACAUGAUGCUGUUUGAGAUGGCCAGCGUUAGGCCGGGCAAGAGCGUUCUUAUCCACAUGGCAGCAGGUGGUGUGGGUAUUGCUGUUACCCAGCUGUGCCAGACUGUGCAGGAUGUGACCGUUUUUGGCACAGCAUCCGCCUCUAAACAUGAGACCAUUGCCCAAGGUGGAGUAACUCACCCCAUUGACUACCGCACCAAAGACUACGUGGAGGAAAUCCGCAAAAUCAGCCCAAAAGGAGUGGACAUAGUCCUCGACCCACUUGGUGGCUCAGACACUCAAAAAGGAUUCAGUCUGUUGAAACCUCUGGGAACACUGAUAGUAUUUGGUGCAGCCAAUUGUGUGACAGGCCAGAAGAAGAACUUGUUGGCCAUGGCAAAGACCUGGUACAACCAGCUGUCUCUCACAACCCUGAAACUGAUGCAGUCUAACAAGGCCGUCUGUGGCUUCCACCUGGGUUACAUCUCUGAUGAGCAGCUCAUCAGCAGGACUAUGUUCACGCUGCUGGAGCUCUACAGUCAGGGAAAGAUCAAGCCCCGCAUCGACUCAUGCUACCACUUUGAGGAGGUGGCUGAUGCCAUGAGACGCAUGCACGAACGCCAAAAUAUUGGGAAAGUCAUCCUUCUUCCUGAACCCAAGAAGGUGGAAGAGAAGCCAAAGUCCAACCCUGAGCCCGAGGAAAAUGUGGAAAAAACUGAAGCUGCCGUCGACGAGAAGAAAGAAGAGGCCAAAGAGGAAGUUAAAGCAGAGAAGGAUUGACAGAGUUUGGGCUCGGCUAUUCAGAUGUUUUGUCCAUCUGUGGGUGUAAUUCAAUGCUGUGACGCAGAAGACGCCACUGAGACACAAGAGAGAGACUUUUUCCUCCAUCCACACCGCACCAGCUCCUCACAUUCCUUUCCCCACCCUCUCAGUCCUGCCUUUUGUCAGUAUCUGAAGCUGGCCUCUCUCAAAACCCUCUCCCCCUUCAGCUUACUUUGUUUUGAUAUAUAAAAACCUACUAGUAACAAUUUUUCACAGAUAAUGCUUUGUUAUUUACACUUGUGACAUUUUUUUUCUUUGCCACUUGGAGAAGUAUUGUUAAGCUUGGCUGGGUUUCCUUCUCCUAGUAUGCAGUAAGAUCUGAUGUGGAGUUUGAGUGGGAACUGGAGUCUCAUUGUGCUUGUGCAAACUUGAUUUUCCCACAAAACUCCCAGUGUGAUUUAUUGUGUGAGUCCUUUUAUUUCAAGAAUAAUUACUUUCUUUUGGGUUGUUCUUAUUUCUUAAACCCAAAAGCCCUGUAUUGUGCCUGAUGUUUGCCAGAUGUUUCCAACUUACUACUGAAUUAACCAAAGUGUAGAGGAGUUUCACUAAUGAAAAUGUAUAUGAGCUUUAGCAGUAGAGAAUCAUUUGCUGAAGACACUGCAGCCUACCAACUCCCUUUUGAAAAUAUAUCUGUAAUGCUUAAAGAUUAAUUCAAACAUCUGGGAAUGUAGAAGCAUAACUUUUUUGUGCUUUUUGUGCCAAAAUGUUUGUAAAAAUCCAAAACUGUUGUCUAAACUUACAUAUUUGAGAAAAGUGUCAUGUUUACAAUGAUAAUUUGACAACACUGUCAAGUGAUAAUGUCCAUUCAUGCAUAAGAGAGACACCUGGUGGUCAGUGGAAAAGUGUGCCUUUUAAUUAGUCAUAAAUGUUAUCCACAAGGUUGCCUAUGAACAAAAUGUGCUAUAGCCUGCCUUGUUAAACAUGACAAUAUCAUGAAAUAAACUGGUUUCCAUCUAUUAAAGUCCUUGUUUAAGGACAGCCUUUAAUAGGAAAAAUUCACCAAAUAAAAAGAUGAUUUAACCAUAUAUAUCUAUUAAAACCAACACAAACUACAUACUCAUUUACUCACAAAAGUCUUAAACAUUAUCAUAGUUAUUGGAAUAUAUUUGUAGUAAUGGUUAAUCGAUUCCAUGAUCCAAGCACAGUUUGUAAGACAUCUGCUCAUGAUAGACAGUAAUUGCAUUUAAUUGCGAUAUAACAGAUAAGAGUAUAACUAUUAUGUGUGCUGAAUGCAGUGAAAGUAUGUUGUUCUAAUUUGCAGGAUGUUAUGCUCCAAAAUGUUUUUAUGUCUUAAUAAGAAGAAAAGAUUCAAGGUGUUACCAGUGGGUUUUUUUUUGUCAUUUUAUAUGCACAUUUAAUGCACACCUGCAUAGGCCUUCUAUGGUUAUCUGUGUUUAUGUGGCACUAACCUGUUUGUAUUAUUAAAGUGUUUUCACACA